AUUUGAGUGGCAUUUGUGCUAAUGUGCACAUGUGCCGUAUUCUGCCAACCAGAGAAGUUCUGCUGCAGAGGGAUCGGGUUACAGGAAGCUCCCACCCACCAAACACACGCAGCACUGGGCUCGACUGAGUGGACAGACUCUCACUUGGUUACAGGAAAAGCAGAUUCAGCAAAAUGUCUGGAAACCUUCUAAAAAAUCCUAAUGGAGAUUAUGAUCUGGAUCACUGGGAGUUGACAGAGAAUGGAGGCGACCAGUGGCGGACCGAGGACAUGCCGGGGGACUGCGGACACAUUUACAGUGAUGACUCAAUCACUAAAUACUUCUGCACCUCUUUUGAGCCCUGUCUAAAAAGACAAUUGAUUGACUUGCUGGCAGAGGGUUACGACCCCGAACAUUUAGAUAUUGUACAGCCUGGUGUCAAUGUGGAGGACUGGUACUGUGGCCGAACAGACUGUGGGUGCAUUUAUAAGCUCACCGUGUCCCUGCUUGAUGAAGGCCAAGAAAUCAUUACUGAAUUUAAGCCGGAUGAAGUGACCCUUGACCCUGACUGCGACGACUGCUCUUGGAGAAAGGUGAGCCACACAUUCACAGACUACGGCCCGGGCCUACGCUUCAUCUCUUUUGAACAUGGCGGUCAAGACACCAAGUAUUGGCAGGGCUGGUUUGGAGUGAGAGUCACUGGGAGCUCUGUUACCGUAGAUCUCUAAACACCAAUCGGACAAAAAUACUGAUUGCCUAAAAAAAUAUUUCCUCGCAACUUGCUUUUAUUUUUGCACAUGCUGUACUAAGUGUAAUACUAACAGAUGGUUAAACCUAAUGCUAGGCAUUUAAAAAAGUAUCUGACUAGAUUAUAAUUCAUUUUACUUUUUUUAUUUUUAUUUUUUUUAGAACGUUAGAGGUUUCUAAUUCUGUUCAACCACUAACUACCUCUAUAUGCUCCUGCAAGCUACAUGAACUUAACUUACAUUAAUAAUGCACUUUUAAUGAGGCUUCAAUAUGCAAUUAGCAUCUUCUAAUGUGGUAUAAAACCUACAUAAAUCAUGCUCAUGCCACAUAAAAAAAAAAAUAUAUAUAUAUAAUAAUAAACUAAUGACAAAAACAUUACCUGUUCCUGACCUUCCUUUGUCAAAAGAU